AUGCUCUGGAGAGUUCGCCAAGGAUUCAGGCAUCUUCGACAAGCCAAAUCUAUUGUCCAAUUUUCCCCGUGCUACUCCCCCGGUUCAUUGUUUUUGAUUGUCCAACCUCUCCAUAUCUCCUUUACACCUCGAUGGCCUCCAGCCGUGGCAUAUCACCCCCAGACACUCAGCGAUUCCAGGUGUGUCCGGGAAGAAAGAAGCCAAAAGGGACAGGCUCCUGGUCAAGCAGAAGACAUAGGUCGUGUUCAGAAUGUAAAACAUGGUCGCGGUCCGAAGAGUGCCUCGCAGACUUCUUCGCCAUUUGUUGGUCGUUCCAAGGAUGUAUCAUCACCUGCAGAACCCCCCUUUACACCAGUCGUCGAUAUGUUGUUUCGUCGCCUGGCGCUGAAGCACAGACUGUUUCAGGUCUCCAUCGACAGUGGCGAGCUGGCGCAGUUAGCCGAAUAUGUAGGAGAUCGCACAAGAGCUGGAGAGCUUGCAAUGCUCAUGGCCGACUCUUCCGUACCUAUGCGUGCUCUUCAGGUGUGCAUCCUAGCCCACAAGUUGGGAUGUACCUUAAAGCAGAGCGUGUACGAGGGCCUUGCUUACCGAUUCGCAAGCAAACAUCUCUGGGUCUUAGUCCGCUCGACCGUCGAGCUGGGAAAGGGACAAACGGGUCGAACCACCAUUCGUCUCCUGAAUUGGCGUGUGCGAGCCUUGAUAGAGACGAACGAAUAUGCUUCCCUCGACAAUGUCAUAGAACAAGUCAAAAAAGAGAAUUUAUUACCAAACCGCAGGACAUACCAUUUACUGGUAUCAGGUUACCUUCGGAAUCGAGAUCUCCUUCGCGCACAAUGUUGUCUAGCCAGCAUGGAGCGAGCCGGGUUUCCCAUGGAUGUGACCACUCAUGCUCUCAUUGUAUCGUCGUAUCGCUCGCUGGGGCCGGAUCCCGCUGUAAAGGCCAAAGCGCUGGAAGUACUUCGCGAGGCCGAUCCACGUUCGUCGACCCUCAUAUUGAAUGGUCUCAUUCAGCUGGCUUUAGAUGCGAACAAUAUGCCCGAAGCAUUUCAGUACCUCUCCAUGUACGAUCGGCACCCAACGGAGGCCGAAGGCCUUGUUGGUCGUGCAAGCGAUAUCACCCAGCAAGGCGGAGAUUUGUCAAUGACAAAACUUGGGUCUAACGGAUCAAGUCCACCACCGUCGUGUUUCCCAGCAGCUCAAGACGCGAUGACGUUCACGAUGCUAAUCAACCAUUUAGCUAAAGAAGCUGAUCUCGAUCGCAUUCUGCAGGUCUUGCAACGCAUGCAAUCCGCGGGUAUUAGUCCUGAUGGUAGUACGGCCGCCGCUCUUGUACGAGCUUAUUUUAUUUCCAGGAAACCCGACGUGGCAGUACAGAUCGUUGCGAAUAUGUGUAGCUCGUCAGAAGAGGUCCGCGGUCUGUUUCGCCGCAUAGGUCUACCGGCACAAGAAGUCCAAACUCCUCUUCCCGAAGGCAUUCCUCCGACCACAGAGCUGUUCAACGCUCUCCUGAGGGGUGUAUCCAAUAUCUACGGUCUCAAUGGCAUACGUACAGUACAACGGAUCAUGCGAUGCUCUCAUAUACGCGCAGAUGGCAAAACUAUCGCAGUUCUUCUGCAGCAUCUUGUUCACACCCAAAGGUCCCUACCCCGCGAGGUCAUCAGAACGGCGAGGGCUUUCAAUUCUAGGGGGGCAACAAUCACGUUAGAACAUAUGCACGUCGUGCUAUCAUCUGUCCUGCAUCGUGAGCAGGAGAUCUUACGCUAUAAUCGGCGUCCGUCCAUUCAAUCUGGUUCUUCUGGUCGCCCUCAGGAAAUCUCAGGAGUAGGGGAAUCCUUUGAUCCUAUUGCCGGUGUCAAACUCCCUCCCACACAAUCUUACACUUCGUUAACACGACCUUUGCUCGCCGCUCUAAGCUCUCGCCGGAUCAGAAGCGACAAAGCAACAUUCGCGCUCAGGAUCAAGCAUGACGCUGUUAUUAAAGGCGAUUUGGAUUUGGCGAAACACACCUUCGAGGCAAUGGUCAGCCGCGGGUUGCAUCCCAACGAAUAUCAUUUCGCGGCGUUGAUGGAAGGAUAUGCGGCCCUGGGUGAUAUGGAUGGCGCGGUGAAUAUCAUGCGGUCGGCCUCAAAGUUCAGCUCGCAUUCUCUCAACGUCAAGAUGUACACCAUCCUCAUUAACGGAUAUGGCAGUCAAGGAAAGCCCUCCGAUGCGAUCCGUACAUUUCGUGAAAUGGUCAAUGCUGGCAUCCAGCCAGACGCCACCGCAGUAUACGUUCUGGCAAAAGCAUUUGUCGCGGCACGGGCGUAUCAGAUGGCGCGUCGCGUGGUACUGCAGCUAUGGCCGAGCGCGUUGCCCUUCCCAGAGCAUAUGCGGGAGGCUUCGCUUCAUCGACUUAUGCAUCAGCUAAACUUAGCCUACGGUAAAGCUCCCAGUCGGAGACUUUCCGCACGAAAGCAGCGUAUGCUCCGUUGGAAGAUAAACAGGAUUAUGAAAGGAUGGGAUAUUCUUUCCGCUCAUACAGGACGACUGGAGAGAUCGAAGUCCAGGACAGGCCGAACAUAA